AUGCCUCCCCCUCCGAGCCAUCCCGGUGGUGUCCAUGGCCCGUCAACCUUCGACAAGCUGAAGAUGGGUGCUAUGAUGGGCGGCACCGUUGGUCUGAUCAUCGGCUUCAUCUUUGGAACGGUCAACAUCUUCAGAUAUGGCCCCGGUCCUAAUGGCAUCAUGAGGACGCUGGGCCAGUAUAUGCUGGGUUCCGGAGCAACCUUUGGCUUCUUCAUGUCGAUCGGCAGCGUGAUCCGGUCGGAUUGCUCCUCCCCGAUCCUUCAGGAGGCCUACUUCCGUGCCCAGAGGAGGCCCAUUAUCAUGGCUGCCCAAGCCUACCGUCCCUACCAGCUCAACAGGCGCCUGAGCGACAACUAA